UAUAAAGACUCUUUCUUCUACUUUCUACUCUCUGCAUUCAAUCCACAAACCCACUUCUUUCGUUCUUACUUUUUUUUAUCUCUCCUCCUCUCUCUUUCUGAUGGAGCUUGGCUUGAGCUUAGGGGAUGCUUGUAACUCACUUGGCUUCAUGGAAAACUCCGCCACCCACCACCUUGCUGCUAACAAAGGUUUAGGUUUUUGCAUGGCCCUAUCCAUCGCUUCUUCUACUGCAAAACAACUUUAUACUCACGCUGAUGAUGAUGAUGAUGAUGAUGAUGAAGAUACAGAUAAACUUACUACUAAUACACCUUCUGUAGAUCCUCCUGUUCCACUUGAUCUUCUUCCCAAUACACCUGUCCCUCGUAAUCCGCCUUCUCUUCUUGCCUUUCCUUGGUCAUCUGAUAACGGGAGCUCAGAGGCGGGUUCGUCGGGGCAAAUGGCAAGAGGAUUUGAUGUAAACAAAUUCCCUUUUGUUGAACAAGUAGAAGAUGGUGGUGCUUUAUCUUCUUCACCAAACAACAGCGCAGCAUCUUCCUUCCAGAUGGAUUUUUGUAUGUACAGUGGAGGGCAUAAGAAAGAUUUUGGUAAUGUUGGUAAUGAAACGGGGGCUGAGAGAGGUUCUUCAAGAUUUAGUGAUGAAGAUGAGAAUGGUUGCACUAGAAAAAAACUCAGGCUUUCUAAAGAACAAUCUGCUUUUCUUGAAGAAAGCUUUAAAGAACACAAUACUCUUAAUCCUAAACAAAAGCUUGCACUUGCAAAGCAACUUAAUCUUCGUCCACGCCAAGUAGAAGUUUGGUUUCAGAACAGAAGAGCGAGGACUAAAUUGAAGCAAACUGAGGUGGAUUGUGAGUACCUAAAGAGAUGCUGUGAAACGUUAACCGAAGAAAACAGAAGACUUCAUAAGGAACUUCAAGAAUUAAGAGCUUUGAAGACUUCUAAUUCCUUUUACAUGCAAUUACCAGCCACCACUCUCACCAUGUGUCCAUCUUGUGAGCGAGUGGCCACUACCACCACCACCACCACCACUGACCCCACCUCUAAAGCUUCCGAAAUUCCUGUAAGUAGACCCAUGCUGUAUCCGUUUUCUCAGAAUCAGAAUCACCGUUCAUCGCCAUAGUUGAAAGUUUUUUUGUUAAAGGAUUGAUAUUUUGAUAUUAAUAUUGUACAGACACAAAUGUUGUUGUGGUGGUGAUGGAAAUUUGUGUCCAUGGUUUGAGAUUUCCUUCUGGAUUUUGUGGGUUAUAGAACCAGAAAGAAGUCAAACCAGUUAGGGAUUGGCAGAGAUAAUCUUGUAUAUUUAUGAAGAAAACAAAACAAUACAUGAAAUGGAGAAAUAGAAAUAUUAAUUGUGUUA